UAGCAAAUAAAAUAAAUAAGUCUACGUCUUAUUUUUGAAAAAUCUACAUUUUCUUAAAAGCAUUUGUUUUGAACGAAUUUCUAAUGUCUAAUUGUACAGGUUUUUCCAGAUCAACCAUGCAGUAUAAACGGCAGAAUUCCAAAAUAAACGUUUACGUUACCAUGGAGGACAAUAAACACGCGCAAAUUGUUCCGUCAGUGGUACCAACCGUUGUUAGCUGCUUAUUUGACAAUUAUGAUGGAUUUAUUGACUAUUCAACGAAAGUGAAUGUUGGACAUUGUAGCACAAUAAACGCAAGUGACAUUAAAACUGAUGCAAGGUCUGUGAAAAGUGUCGGGAAAUACUCACAUUUAGAUUCUAUUGGAGCAUAUGGAUAUUCAAAUACAAGUUUUUCCUCUGACAUCAUUGUGUCAGAUUCCGACAGUGAUUACGUAAAUGACGUCUCGCGACGCCAGCUUCUAGAAAACGGGUUGACGCCGUUUAUAAAAGAGGAACUGAAAUAUUCCAUUCAGACAAAACGGUUAAAAGAGGGAAAGCAGGAAUUGAAAGUGGAAUUUAGCCCCCCACCGGAAGAUGUGCUUACACCGGAAGAGGAAGAGCGUGUAGAAAAACGGCGCGUGCAGAAUAGAAUGGCCGCGCGCCGCUUCCGGGACAAACAAAAAGACAGAGCCCACACUUUGCAGAAGGAGUGUCAUCGCCUACAAAGCAUUCAGACGGAGUUAAGGUACGAACUGGCGCAGGUACGAAAGGAAAGGGACGAACUCCGCCAGACGCUUGAUCAACACAUGGCCGUCUGCCCGCUACAGUUUCCCGCGCAUUUCCAUGCGUCAACUUCGAAUUCUUGACAACAUGUGAACACUGUCAACUAUUUUUAGAAACGGACUAAACUAUCGUGAUGUCAACAUUUUACCUCAUAGGAGCUGAAAACAGGAACACGUUUUAAUGGAGUUUUCUGGAAUUGCAUUCAUAACAAAACAAAAGUGUUUUCCCACAAAACAGUUGUGAAAAGGAACACGUUUUAAAGUAUAUAUUCGAGGAGAAAACCCCAAUAUAUGUUCCCACGGUUGUCAGUGUGAAAAGGACAUUUGGUCACCGGAAUGCAGCAAAAAAAAAAAAAAAAAAAAAAAAAAAAAAAAAAAGUAGUGUGUUUUUGGCCUCUUUUAAGGAUUGCAAGCUUCAUGAAGACACGACAUCGAAAGAGAAAUUUCGUCAUGAAAUCUUUGGGGUCAAAAUUUGAAACUGUUCGAUAAUGCAGGAGGUUUUAUCAUUUUGACGUACUCAGCUUUUUAUUAACCACACGAUCAAUUUCGAUUUACUGUAUGUAAUUACAUGUAUUAACAUUAUCAAAUGACUAAUAUGUAUUGUUAAGGAAAGAAACGUCAAGCUGAGAUUGUUGAAAUAUAUAUUCGCCAUAUCAUUUGUCAGUAUUUAAUUAAAAUCAGCAUAAUUACAAAUUUGUAAACGCACAAUUAUACAUGCGCGCUUAUUUAUUUAUGUAUUUAUUUAUUAUCUAUUUAUUGUUACAUUUGUU